CUUAGCACUCAUGAUCAGUGAUCAAGUGACUGACUCGGGUGAUCCUUAACUGAUCCGUGUGUGAACCUUUGCUUUGGAAAGAAAUUUCAACUUUUCUUGAGAUUUUGGAUGAGGAUGGUAGCACGGGGGCACACUGACUAAGUAAGAGGUGUCGUAGUUAGAAGCUUCGUGUCUGUUGUGAUGAGUACAUUUCUGGGAAAUUAAUUUGUCAGUCAUGUCAUCGGAGAAAUUUGAACGAUACCAGGAGGAGUUAGCCACUCUCUUGGAAGAUUUGAAGUAUCGGAUCGAGGUCACCAUUCCCAAAUCCAGUGGGGAGGAACGUAAGAAGUUGAUUCGAGAUGCUGAGAGAGCUUCGGAAGAGGCAGCUGCUGUGCUGCAAGAGAUGGAGGAGGAGGCUAAGCCAGCCCCUGGGAGUUAUCGCAGUCAGAUGGUAGCCAAGGUCAGGAACCACAGAAGGGAAUUGGACAAAAUCAACAGGGACCUGGUAGGUUGCACGAAGCGGAGUGGUGAUGGAAGAAGUGGCCGCAGCGAACUUUUCCACUCACAAAGCAAUUUUGAUGACAAAAUCAAUUUGGCUCAGAGCAAUCAGAAAUCUAGGCUUCUACAAGGACAGGAGACACUAAACAGGACCAGCGACAGCCUGGCUAGAACCCAUCAGAUAGCAGCAGAGACGGAUGAGAUUGGGGUGGGGAUUAUUGACGAACUGGACGGCCAGAAAGAACAACUCCUGAAUGCUAAAGACAAGCUUCAGAAUAUGGACCAGAGUUUGGGCAAAAGCAAGAGGGUCCUGAACACCAUGGGAAGAAGGAUCAUAACCAACAAGCUGAUCUUGAUGGCCGUCAUUCUCGUGGAGUUAGCCAUUCUAGGUGUCGUGGUUUACCUGAAAUUCUUCUCACCUACUGACGAGAAGCCAGCAACACCCAGACCCCCAACCAUCAAACCCAAUACCUUGACAUGACCAUUCCCUCUAUGUUCAUGUUUUGAGUAGUAGAAGCAAGCGAUUUUCUGAAUGAUGCUCAUGAUGCAAGAAACAGUAGACAUUGCUUUGUGACCACUCUUGUGUAGGGAACAUACCAUGUGCACAUGUGUUUCACAUGCACAUCCCAAAUUUGGCAUGUGACUCAUUAUUUAGAGAAUUGCGCCACU